AUGACGGUCGUCAAGAAGCCUAAUGGGGAUAUUCGUAUCUGCCUUGACACCGGGCACCUUAAUAAGGCAAUUAGACGUCAACAUUUGAAAUUGCCUACCUUGCAAGAAAUAACUGAUAAUCUGCCAGGGGCAAAAUACUUCAGCACUCUUGGUGCAAAACAAAGUUUUUGGCAAAUAAAGCUUCAUGAGUCUAGUACAGACCUGUGUACGUUCAGCACAGUAUUCGGCAAGUUUAAAUUUUUGCGCAUGACCUAUGGUACAUCUUCGGAAUCAGAAAUAUUUCACAAAAAGUUGUAUGAACACUAUGCAGACAUCGAGGGGGUUAUUCUAUUCGUCGAUGAUUUAUUAGUCUAUGCAAAAACUAAAAAAGCACACGAUGAAAUACGUCGUUCGGUAUUACAAAGAUGCCGCGAAAUUAAUAUUGAGUUAAAUUUAAAUAAACGCAAUAUCGUUUUGUCAAAACUUAAAUAUUGGAGCCACAGAAUAUCGACUGAUGGAAUAUUUGCAGACGAUUUGCACAUCCUAGCUAUUAAGAAAAUGCCAUCGCCAACUACGGUAAAAGAGGUUGAAUGGUUUUUAGGUUUAGUGGCAUACGGUAGUAAUUAUAUACCUAAGUUUUCAGUAAAAUCUUUCAAAUUGCGCGAGUUAUUAAAGAAGGAAGUAGCUUGGCAUUAG